AAGCAUUCAGUUGGAACGCCAUUUCUUUCUUUCUGUUAACGAGAGAGUAGAAGAUCCUACGCAUUUGAUUUUUUGGCUUGUGUGGGAACUGCAAUCCCUAUGGAUAAGAACGUGCUAGCGGGACUUGAAGGUCUACCCGAGGAAGAUAAGGUCCGAAUGGCAACCAUGAUUGACCAGCUACAGUUGCGCGACAGUCUGCGGAUGUAUAAUUCAGUUGUGGAGAGAUGUUUCAACGACUGUGUCGACAACUUUUCACGUAAAACUCUCCAAAAGCAAGAGGAGACAUGUGUGACGCGAUGUGCUGAGAAGUUCUUGAAGCAUUCAAUGCGUGUUGGCAUGAGGUUUGCAGAGCUCAACCAAGGUGCAGCUACGCAGGAUUAGUAAGUGGACACAACAUUGGGAUCUCCUACAUCAUUUUGUUUCACAGCAGAAUUUACUUAUGGACAAAUAUAGGUUAUCACUUUCUUUAUUUUAUUUUCUUUGUCCUGCAAUGAGAUAAGAAGCAUUUGAUUCAUGUAAUCAAUGUUCAUUUCUUUAAUUUUACUUAUGAAGCAUUCGUUUCAUGAGUGAGUGAAUGAUUGAAUUACCAUAUUGUCAUACAGUUUUUGGUCACAA